CUCCUUACAAUACUAUAGGGCCAGAGUGGGUCCGGGUUAAAAAGCAAAUACACAUCCCACAAGCUCGUGUCUGUAUCCCGAUCAUCGCACGUGCAGAGGAUGACCAUAUCAUUGUUAUAUAGCCGUGUUCGACUGACCACCGUUUUGACCAUCGUAUCCCUCCUGCUCGUCUGUUCAUCGACCGUGAUUGGCGUACUGGUUCGCUUGGUCGGGAGUGACCUACCCGCAGCCGGCCGCGUGGAGGUGUUCUACUCGGGAGUGUGGGGAACAGUGUGUGAUGAUUCGUGGGACGAUGUCGACGCCAAGACGGUUUGUCGAUCAAUAGGAUGGAGUGACGGCAAAGCUUAUGGAAGUGCCAAGUUCGGAAGAGGAAGCGGUCGCAUAUGGCUUGAUGACGUCAGAUGUAGCAGCGUGACGCACGAUUUGGGCCAAUGUACACACUCCGGCUGGGGUUCUCAUAAUUGUAACCAUGGAGAGGACGCGGGAGUCUGGUGCGUACUAGAUGGUAGUGUCAUAUUGACAGGUAGUCCAUUUACACAACACUCUGGCCGAGUCGAGGUGUAUCAUAACGGGGCUUUUGGAACAAUAUGUGACGAUCAUUUUGACAACAAUGACGCUGACGUCAUCUGUAAAAUGCUGGGAUAUAUCUCUGGCGGUGUAGCACACGGGAGUGCUAAAUUUGGUGCAGGUCAAGGGAAUAUCUGGCUUGACGACCUCGCUUGUAGUGAGAGUGCCACUCGGCUAGACCAAUGCGGUCUCAGAUGGAGCAUCCACAACUGUAACCACAACGAGGACGCAGGGGUCUUCUGUUUCCAAGAUACAUGGACAACAACGCCUUGUAGUGUCACAUGUGGGGAAGGAACACUAACGAGAUCAAUCACAUGCAACGGAUUUGGGUGUACUCCGAGAUCUGAAACUAAACCUUGCGUGCCUACCACAUGCCCGGUUGAUGGACAAUGGGGAACAUGGAAUAGCUGGACUUCUUGCUCAGUCUCGUGUGGCAGUGGAACAAGAACGAGAUCUCGUCAAUGUAGUAAUCCUGCGCCUGCGCACAACGGUCGUUCUUGUCCCGGAAAUGACCAAGACUCAGAAAGUUGUACAUCCGGAAUCAUGUGUCCAAUUGAUGGGCAAUGGGGAACCUGGAACUCUUGGACGUCCUGCUCAGUCUCGUGUGAAUCUGGAACUAGAACAAGAUCUCGUCUGUGUAACAAUCCUGCGCCUGCGCACAGCGGUCGUUCUUGUCCUGGAGAUGAAAUCGACUCAGAAGACUGCACUUCCGGAAUCAUGUGCCCAAUUGAUGGACAAUGGGGGCAGUGGAACGGUUGGACGUCCUGCUCAGUCUCCUGUGAAAAUGGAACUAGGACGAGAUCUCGUCAAUGUAACAAUCCUGCGCCUGCGCACAACGGUCGUCCUUGCCCUGGAGAUGAACACGGUUCUGAAGGCUGUACUUCUGGAACCAUGUGCCCAAUUGACGGGGAAUGGGGAUUUUGGAACAGUUGGACAUCAUGCUCAGUUUCGUGCGAAAAUGGAACUAGAACAAGAUCUCGUCAAUGUGACAAUCCUGCGCCUGCCCACAAUGGUCGUUCUUGUCUUGGAGACCAGUCCGUCAUCGAAGGCUGUACUUCGGACAUUAUGUGUCCAAUUGAUGGACAAUGGGAAUCUUGGAACGAUUGGUCAUCCUGCUCAGUCUCUUGUGAAAAUGGAACUAGAACGAGAUAUCGUCAAUGCAACGACCCGGCGCCUGCGCACAACGGUCGUUUUUGUACCGGAGAAGAACACAACUCUGAAGGAUGUACUUCCGGAAUUAUGUGCCCAAUUCAUGGACAAUGGGAAUCUUGGAACGAUUGGUCAUCCUGCUCAGUCUCUUGUGAAAAUGGAACUAGAACGAGAUCUCGUCAAUGCAACGACCCGGCGCCUGCGCACAACGGUCGUUUUUGUCCCGGAGAUGAUCACGACUCUGAAGGAUGUACUUCCGGAAUCAUGUGCCCAAUUGACGGACAAUGGGAAUCUUGGAACGAUUGGUCAUCCUGCUCAGUCUCUUGUGAAAAUGGAACUAGAACAAGAUAUCGUCAAUGCAACGACCCGGCGCCUGCGCACAACGGUCGAACUUGUCCCGGAGAUGAACACGACUCUGAAGGAUGUACUUCCGGAAUCAUGUGCCCAAUUGAUGGACAAUGGGAAUCUUGGAACGAUUGGUCAUCCUGCUCAGUCUCUUGUGAAAAUGGAACUAGAACGAGAUCUCGUCAAUGCAACAACCCGGCCCCUGCGUACAACGGUCGAACUUGCACUGGAAAUGAACACGACUCUGAAGGAUGCACUUCCGGAAUUAUGUGCCCAAUUGACGGACAAUGGGAAUCUUGGAACGAUUGGUCAUCCUGCUCAGUCUCUUGUGAAAAUGGAACUAGAACAAGAUAUCGUCAAUGCAACGACCCGGCGCCUGCGCACAACGGUCGAACUUGUCCCGGAGAUGAACACGACUCUGAAGGAUGUACUUCCGGAAUCAUGUGCCCAAUUGAUGGACAAUGGGAAUCUUGGAACGAUUGGUCAUCCUGCUCAGUCUCUUGUGAAAAUGGAACUAGAACGAGAUCUCGUCAAUGCAACAACCCGGCCCCUGCGUACAACGGUCGAACUUGCACUGGAAAUGAACACGACUCUGAAGGAUGCACUUCCGGAAUUAUGUGCCCAAUUGACGGACAAUGGGAAUCUUGGAACGAUUGGUCAUCCUGCUCAGUCUCUUGUGAAAAUGGAACUAGAACAAGAUAUCGUCAAUGCAACGACCCGGCGCCUGCGCACAACGGUCGAACUUGUCCCGGAGAUGAACACGACUCUGAAGGAUGUACUUCCGGAAUCAUGUGCCCAAUUGAUGGACAAUGGGAAUCUUGGAACGAUUGGUCAUCCUGCUCAGUCUCUUGUGAAAAUGGAACUAGAACGAGAUCUCGUCAAUGCAACAACCCGGCCCCUGCGUACAACGGUCGAACUUGCACUGGAAAUGAACACGACUCUGAAGGAUGCACUUCCGGAAUUAUGUGCCCAAUUGACGGACAAUGGGAAUCUUGGAACGAUUGGUCAUCCUGCUCAGUCUCUUGUGAAAAUGGAACUAGAACAAGAUAUCGUCAAUGCAACGACCCGGCGCCUGCGCACAACGGUCGAACUUGUCUCGGAGAUGAACACAACUCUGAAGGAUGUACUUCCGGAAUUAUGUGCCCAAUUGACGGACAAUGGGGAACGUGGAACGCUUGGACGUCUUGCUCAGUCUCGUGUGAGGGUGGAACUAGAACGAGAUCUCGUCAAUGCAACAAUCCUGCGCCUGCGUACGAGGGCCGUUCCUGUCAGGGUGAUGUAAUCGAUUUGGAGGAAUGUACUACAGGAAUCAAGUGCCCAAUUGACGGAGAGUGGGCAGAAUGGAACAGUUGGUCAUCGUGUUCAGUCUCGUGUGAGAAUGGCACUAGAACGAGAUCCCGAGGAUGCGUCAAUCCUGCGCCUGCGCACGGAGGUCGUUAUUGCCCUGGAGACCAUAACGACUCUGAAGGAUGCAAUCCGGGAAUCAUGUGCCCUGUCGAUGGGCAAUGGGGACUGUGGCACGACUGGACGGCUUGUUCAGUCUCGUGUGAGAAUGGUACUAGAACGAGAUUUCGUCAAUGCAACAACCCGGCACCUGCGCACAAUGGCCGUCCAUGUCGUGGAGAUGAACUUGACUCGGAAGGAUGUUAUGCCGGAUUUAUGUGUCCAGUUGACGGACAGUGGUCACAAUGGAAUGGUUGGACAUCUUGCACAGUCUCGUGUGAGAAUGGCACCAGGACGAGAUCUCGUCAGUGUAACAACCCGGCGCCUGCGCACAACGGUCGUACUUGUACGGGGGAACUGUACGGCUCGGAACCAUGUACUUCCGGAGUCCUUUGUCCAAUUGAUGGGCAGUGGGGGGAAUGGACACAGUGGUCAUCGUGCUCCGUCACGUGCGAAUGUGGUGAAAAGAUGAGGUCACGUGUCUGUGAUAGUCCGUAUCCAGAGCAUGGAGGGAUUGAAUGUCCCGGAAACAAGACAGACACAACCUGGUGUGGAGUUGACGUUUUAUGUCCGGGCGCUUGCGGUAAAGAUAGACUGAUGUGUACGGACAAAAGAACGUGCAUCAGCAUGGCCAUGUCAUGUGACGGCGUGAAGCAAUGCCCGGAUGGAAGUGACGAGAUUAACUGCAUCGGCAGGAACCUGCUGUAUAUGCCUAACUUCCAGUAUCUGUUCUCCUCGGAUUCGACAAAGUUGUGUGCCUCCUUCCAGUGGUUGGUGAUCGCCUGGUUGUUCAAUGUCGUUAUCCAGUAAAUGAGAUCUAUCAUUGUACUGUAUUGAAAUGUCUCAAUGGAGGAGUAUGUACUAUUAGUCUCAUUAGCGGACUCAUAGGAGUUAUAUUAAUUCAACGGAAUGGACGAAUAGAUGAAGUUGAUAAAACACAGUGUUUACUGAACAAACAUGUAACAGUGUUUAGUGGAAAUUAUGUACUAGUAUUCGCAAUUUUUCAUUUAAAAUAUUUUUUUAUUUCUCAUUUUUGUUUUCAAAUAACACGUUGUAUAAUAAUUAUUGAUUUAUUUAAUAAAUGAACUUUUGUUAUGUGU